AUGGCCAUAGAAGCCGCCCUUGCUGGUCGGACAGCACUCGUUCUCUAUGGUUCCGAGACAGGCAACGCCCAGGAUGUGGCCGAGGAGCUGGGCCGGAUGGCAGAGCGUCUUCGAUUCAGCACCCAGGUGUCCGAUUUCAACUCGGUUAGCAUUAAACAACUAUUACAGCACUCUGUUGUCCUCAUAAGCGUCUCCACCACCGGCCAAGGAGACUUGCCGGGGAAUGCCCUCACAUUUUGGAGAGCUCUACGGAGUAAACGGCUGCAGCCGGGAUGCUUGAAACGAUUACAAUUCGCUUCGUUUGGGCUGGGAGAUACAUCGUAUCCCAAGUUCAACUGGGCGCACAGAAAGUUGUAUAACCGUCUAAUUCAACUUGGUGCAGAAAGGGUUUGCGAUCGUGGGGAAUCUGAUGAGCAACAUCCUGAAGGGGUAGAUGGCAGCUUCAUCCCUUGGUCGCUGAAGCUGCGUGAGUCCUUAUUGCAGGCGUACCCUCUCCCAGAAGCUGUUGAACAAAUUCCCGAUGACGUCUUGCUGGAACCGAAGUGGCUUCUCCAGACCUCGGAUACCGCAGAGCUCUCUAGCACUUCCUCUGCUAGAUCUACUGAUUACGUGGAGACUCCGGAUGUCCCAUCAGAAGACCUCCUUGACGUUCCCAACAGCCUGACUGCAACAAUUGCCUCGAACACUCGUGUCACGCUCGACACCCACUGGCAGGAUGUACGCCAUCUUACUCUUACCACACCAGGACGCCAAUUGUAUACUCCAGGAGAUAUAUUAACCAUUUUCCCCAAGAACUUCCCUUCCGACGUCAACCAGUUUUUAAGUGCAAUGAAAUGGACUGAUAUAGCCGAUGUCCCAAUCAAGUUCAUCUCCACAUCCCCAUCCGGAAACACAGCCGCCCAAGGACAGCCUCUUCCAAACCUAAUGCCUGGUUCAUCUACCACCCUCCGAUCACUUCUCACUAAUCACCUCGAUAUAAUGGCUAUACCUAGACGCUCAUUCUUCUCGCAACUAGCGCAUUACACAAGCGAUACUUACCACCGAGAUCGGCUUUUGGAAUUCACAGAUCCCCAGUACAUUGAUGAGCUAUACGACUACACCACCCGACCCCGCCGAAGCAUCCUCGAAGUGCUCCAGGAAUUCGAAAGCGUGCAGAUACCUUGGCAACGUGUGUGCUCGAUCAUACCUGUGAUGCGGGGGCGUCAGUUCAGUAUUGCAAGCGGUGGUAGGCUGAAGCAUACAACCUUGGGGGAGGAUAGUCGUAGAGACGGACUCAACCAAGGAGAUGAGGUGGAUGACGCCUUCAAGACACGCUUUGAGCUUCUAAUAGCCAUAGUGAAAUACCGUACCGUCAUCAAACGAUUACGACAGGGAGUCUGCUCACGCUAUGUUGCUUCUCUAAAACCAGGCCAGUCUCUCAGUGUUACGCUCCAGAAAGGCGGUCUAGGCGUGUCAAAGGCAGACAGUGACCGGCCUGUCGUCAUGGUUGGUCCUGGCACAGGUGUGGCGCCGAUGAGGGCGCUGAUAUAUGAGCGGAUGGCUUUGAGGCAGGGCGUACUCGAUGAUGCGAACGAGAAGAGAGUUAAACAAGUCCCGAGAGAUGUCUUGUUCUUCGGUUGCAGGAACUCGAACGCGGAUUACUUUUUCAAAGACGAGUGGCAAGGGUUACAGAGUGAGGGCGUGGCGCUUGAUGUCUUCCCCGCUUUCUCGAGAGACCAGAGGAGUAAAGUGUACGUCCAGGAUCUUGUUCGCACUCACGCAUCCCGAGUCUACGAGGCGCUCGCAACACACAGUGGUAUCGUAUGUAUUUGCGGAUCUUCUGGUAAAAUGCCACAGGCGGUACGAGAGGCUCUCAUCGAGGUCUUCCAGCAAGAAGGCACACUGUCUCGCGAGGAGGCUGAGGCAUACAUGGAUGGCAUGGAAAAGAGUGGACGAUACAAGCAGGAGACUUGGUAG